ACACACACACACACACACACACACAGAGAAUGCUUGAAAACUAUGGCUAAUUGACCUGAAGAACCAAAGAAGGAUAUCUCUUUCUCUGUUAGCGUUGAAUGUUCAAUGCGUUUGAUUAUUCUUAUGUCAAUGGAGUUCUACAUAUAUUUCUUCAGUCUGAGGGGUGAUAGGUUGUAUGCAUGACCAGGUUGGUAAUGUUGAAACUUUAAAUUGUUACUAUGCUCAUGGAGAGCAGAACCCCAAUUUUCAGAGGCGUAGCUAUUGGAUGCUGGAUCCGGCAUAUGAGCAUAUUGUUCUCGUUCAUUAUAGGGAGAUAAAUGAGACUAAGCCCAGUUCUGCAUCCAUUGUGCAGUCACCAGUAUCCUCUUCUGGUUUUAGUUUGAGUCCAAACUCUUAUACUUCUCAAAAUCCUGGAUCCAACUCCCUUGCUAGUGAUGUUCAUGAACCGUAUCAGAAUUUAUCUAGUCCUGGGUCUGUUGAAGUUAGUUCUGAUAUAGUCAUUAAGAACAAUGGAAUAGAUAACACAGUAGAGUAUGCUAGUCCAGCUGAUCUUCAAGUUAGUCAGGCUUUAAAGAGACUUGAGGAGCAGUUAAGUUUGAAUGAGGACAGCUUCAAAGAAAUGAGUCCAUUGUGCAGCCUGGAUGGUGAUACAAACGAUUCUAGAGUUCUGGAAUAUGGAAGAGAGAUCACCAAGCAGGAAUUACAAGCAGAUCUACUGUACGAACCAAAUGAUAUUGUUCAGGAUCACCUUUAUUCUCAACAUACUAGGGUGGAAAAUUAUUCAAAUACCUUCGGGCUGCUUCCAGAUGGAGGUUUGUUAUUUUUCCAACUGUCAAAAUCAGCAUAAUACUUUAUUUUUUAU